UAGUGAGUCUCCACAACCGCCGCGCAACAGAUGCUUGGAGGGACGGGACGCACAACAAGUAUAUUGAAAGGACUGGCAAAUAAUGCAAAGUUUCAAGAGGGAUGGCUGUUUUCGCAAACCAUACUUUUGGAAUAUUCUUGGAAUACUGCAAAAAUACUAUCUCUUUUGGACACACACCCUUAUGACACUUUUAUUUCUGACCGACCUAAUGUUGUGAAAUAUUUGCUGAGAUGAAUCCGUACUACAUAGUAUUUGAGAUAUUAAUAUCUAUUUUAUCCAUCUCUGGCAAUGUAUUGGUUUGCUGGGCUGUCGCCAUCAACACCACUCUGAAAACCGCUACGAACUACUUUUUGGUGUCUUUGGCUGUGGCAGAUAUUUUGGUGGGUUGCCUUGCCAUCCCCUUUGCCAUAACCAUAAGCAUCGGUAUCCAUUUGGACUUCUAUGGAUGUCUUUUCCUGGCCUGUUUUGUUUUGGUACUGACUCAAAGCUCAAUUUUUAGCCUCCUUGCAGUUGCAAUUGAUAGAUAUUUGGCCGUCAAAAUACCCCUCAGGUACAAGGAGCUGGUGACGGGUACGAGGGCCAGACGAAUCAUCGCCAUUUUAUGGAGCCUGUCUUUUGUCAUCGGCCUCAUCCCAUUCCUGGGUUGGAACCUGAAGGUGACUUCCUGCCAUCAGAAUGUCUCCAGCAGUCUGACGAAUGGCAGGUCUUUGGGGGACAAUGCCAGUACCACCACCCCACCCCUGGUGGACGAUCUGGGCAGUGCAGGGGACUUCCUGAGCAGCUGCAAGCUUAUCUGCCUGUUUGAGAGUGUGGUGGACAUGCACUACAUGGUCUACUUCAAUUUCUUCGGCUGUGUCCUGCCUCCUCUGCUAAUCAUGCUAGGCAUCUAUGUGAAGAUCUUCACCGUGGCCCGCAUGCAGAUGCGCCAGAUUGAACUCAAGUGCUCGGUGAGCAGCAAUGGGGACAGCCACCAUCACGGGCUGCUGCAGCGCGAGAUCCGUGCUGCCAAGUCUCUGUCCAUCAUCGUGGGGCUGUUUGCCAUCUGCUGGCUGCCCGUGCACAUCCUCAACUGCCUGACCCUGUUCUACAAGGACCUGUACAAGCCGCCCCCCGUCAUGUACAUAGCCAUCAUGCUGUCACAUGCUAACUCAGCCGUCAACCCUGUUAUCUACGCAUACCGCAUCCAGGACUUCAGGAACACCUUCCGAAAGAUCCUGACGCGUCACGUCCUAUGUCAGAAGGAGGAGCCCUACCUCCACUCCUCCAAUGGGAGCAGGCGGAACAGAGACCAGAUCCACAUGACCAUUGACCCUUUACUCUGAGGGGUGGGGCUACAGGGGGCAUGACCCUUUACUGUAAGGGCAGGCACCAGGGUUCGUGAGGCGACUAGCCCCGCCUACAUGACUUUACUUCAAGGGUGGGGCCACAGGCUGGGGUUGUGACUCAAGGAGAGCCCCAACCCCCCAAAAUACUAUCUGUGUUCAUGUUAUUGUUGUAUUGUAUUCUUGAAUGCCAUUUUAAGUGAGAUUAGAAAUGUUUACAGAACAAAGAGAGUGGGUAUGAUGAUAUGUGAAGCUGAAUAGAUGAAUCUGCCUUGAAUGGGGAGCAUUACUUAUGAGUUAAGCUGAGUAUCAGGGGCCAGGUGAUGAAAUGUUAGCCUGGUCCAAAAUCUGUUUAUGCUGUCUUGCCCAUUCCUAUGGUCAUUGUCAUGGCCAUAGGAGUUGGCAAGACACCGCAAACACAUCUGGGACCAGGCUAGUGAAAAGCAGACAAGGCUUAUUUAAUUUAAAGCUGGAAUCCGUACUAGGUAAAACUGCCAUGUCCGUUUGCGAUAUUACAACAACAAAGAAGUUACUUCAAACAACGAACACUGUUUUUUUUCCCCUCUGACAUCAUUGCACACGCAAUAGAACAGCCACGAUGCUGGAUGUUCCUCUCCUCUGUUUCAUCAACAAAACAAAAACAAUAACAAAUGCGCUGGGGAGAACAUUGGCACAGUUCACCUUAUGAUUUCAGCUUUAACUGUUAAGGAUUUAAUUUUUAUUUUAUUGAAGCUAACUGGAUUUGCAUGACUGUGAAAUGAAUCCAUUACUACAAAAUAACACAUAAUUUACCAUUCCUACACAUUGACCAUAUCAUAACUCAAAACACUCCUUUUUAAGCAUUAACUUUGCAAAAGAAUAUGCAUAAAUUGUUCAACAUUUUUUUACCAAUGUUUGGUAUUUUAUUUAUUGACAUGUAGCUAAAAAUCUAUAAGCCUGGCUGAGGUGUGUACUGUAUUGUUCCUCAUGGGCUACAUCGCACUUCCUCAGUAACAGGUCUUGUGUAAAAAACAAACAUAGGAAAGUCUGCCCAGUGGAACAAUUUACGACUGCAACAUCAGCAAAAUCUCCAGUGAGAGGGCAUAACACACAUGCAACACAGCUCGGAGUGGAAAAGUAUUUUUACACAUAAUAUAAACUUGUGGAGUGUUAUUGUGCUCUGCUUGAAUUUAGCAAAUGUCAUGGCUUCUUUAGUGUCAUGGAGAAAGCUCAGGAAUAUACAGAAUGUGGUGAGGAAGAUUGACUGAGUCAUGUGAAAAAAUACAUCUGAAAUUCACAGACACAGAGGAGGUUGAGACCUCUGGCAAGAAAAAAAUGUAUAAAUCAUUACUCACAAAUACAUGCCUCAUUAUUUGAAAGGUUGAUUAUUACUUACUCAUGACAUCCCUUUUUAAAAUGAUAGAUUUACGUUAUUUUUGACAAAAUGCAGACAUAUUUUAGGUCCUUGUUCAACAGCCUAAAUCAUAUGAGAAAACAAAUCUAGGAUACCCUCUUCCCUUCGCAUCCCUAGAAGACCCAUUAUACAACCCUCACAUGGACACACACACACCCCUCACAUGAACACAGCUGUGAUGGUUUGCCCAACUGUCUCUCUGUAAUAAAGGAGAAGAGAGAGAGGCUGGCAUCUCUACAAGGACACUGGGAUUUGUCAACUCCUGAAACGAACCAGGUGGCUUCUAAUACUCAAUACUGUCAGACUGUAACCACUUCCAAGGCGUACUGUCUGUCCUUGUCCUCAGCAUGGCAGUUAAGAGACAUGUGGCUCCACCCCCCUUACUCAGUCAGAACUCCUAAAUUCACCACUUCACUACACCAAGCCAAAUCAGUCAAUGCAAUGCUGAGGAGGUCCCUCUUUGUUGAACGAAUCAAGGAUCCAGGGUUUGGGUCAAUUCUGAAUUGAGUUAUGAAUUGCUCUUUAAUUCCAAUUCAAUUCUUGAAUUUGAAUUGAAUUUGAAUUGGCCAUACCCCACAGAAAGCAGAAUUUGAAUUGCAUUUGCAUGUAAGAAAGUAUGAUUAAAUUCAAUUAAAUUCAAAUGGUUUAUUUAUUCUGAAUUGCUUUGAAUUAAAUGAUACUUCAUUCAAUUCAAAGCCAAUUCAAAUUCAUGGUUUGAAUUGAAAUAAAUUCCGAAAAUGCUAAUUGACCCCAACCCUGCUAGGAACACUAGAUUGUAGGGGGCUGACAAGUUAUUGUUCUGUGAAAGUCAAAAACAUGCUUCAUCGGUGUAAGAGUGUCAUUGUGGUUUUGUAUCUGUGAGUCUGAGACAGAUCUGUUAAAUAGACAGUGCAUCAUUCUCGGUUGACCACCCAACUUAUGGUCUUGCACUUGUUUCCUGUGUGGAGAUAGGAAACCAAACCUCAAAAUAAUUACAGUUUAACAAGACUCUGUUUGAACAUAAUGGCACACAAUUGGUGCUAAAACGAAGGUGGUUUUCCUAUCUGCUAUGAAAAGAGCCAUCCUUGGUGUGGUCAGAUGAGGAUUAAAAUGCACUGACAUUUUAGAUUAUAUUACUAUAUUAUUAUUAUUAAUAUUAUUGUUAUUAUUACUAUUAUGUUUUCUUCCAAAUCUGAAGACUUUCAAUGUGCUUUAAGAUUAAACUGUGUUGUGUAGUGUUUUUUGAGUGUUCACAAGGUUAAAGAGAUUGAACGGGAUCUUAAGCACUUACAAAUUCAUAAUAUAUUGUACAAAUUAGAGGACAUUGUACACAAUUGUGCACAAUUUUCGGGGACCCGUUUUGGCUCGUGAGUGCUACUUUCAAAACUACUGGCUGAAAUUAUACAAAACCUCUGUAGCAUCACUAACUUUUAUAAGGAAUGUAAGACAAGCAUUGUCUUAUCACUGGGGUCCAACAAAUACAGUAUUUCCAUUUUCUUGGUUUUUAAUUUCUUCACCAUACUCAUCAACCUUCACCUCUACAACUUCAAGGGCUAAACUAUAGGAGUGUGCAGAACCUCAAAUACAUUCCCUUGGAGACAGCACUGUACUGGUAUAACUAUCAUUUGUUCACUCAAAUGUGACCUUAGCAUCAAGAUACCAGGGCUGGGGUCAAUUCCAUUCCACUUCAGUCAAUAAACUGAAAUUCCAAUUUCCCUAAAUGCUACUCAAUUAGAAAAAUGUGGAAUUGGAAUUUCAGUUUACUUCCUGAGUUGACUGAAUUGAAAUGGAAUUGAACCCAACCCUUCAAGAUACUGUGGGUUGUAAAGCCUUCAACAAGCAUGACUUGUGAAUGAUGCCUUACAUUGAGCAAAACCAUACAAGAACAAGCUGAUGUAGUUUUCAUAGCAAUCCUGCCUUCAAUUCCAACCUGUGUGUUUGCAAAUGUGUUACAGCAUUGAUGUCACUAAUCAGUAGCCUAAACAGUCCACUGUGGUUCACGUCAAUGAUGUUCAAUGUUUAAAGAAUUAUUCUUUACGUAACUGGCUACAACUGUAAACCAAUACUGCUAUUUAACAUGAGAAGAUCUGUAUGUAUGGCAAAUUAUUUUGUUAAUAAAAGCUAUGCUUAUAUUGUUA